CCGCGGCGCGCUCUGGAAGCUCGGCGGUGUCCAUGGAGUUGUUGGCCGAGUACGUUGGGCAGGAAGGGCAGCGACAGCAGCUGCGGGUGCCCUGUGAGGCGCCGGACGUCGCCGACCCUUUCCAGGGCUUGUUGUCGGGCGUGGCUAAGAUGAGGGAGCUGGUGACCGACCUCCUCGGCUCCCCGGUACAGCGGGAAGCACAGGACCGGGUGGCGGCGGCUCCAGACGAGGCGUUGGACGGUGAUGAUGAAGAUGAUGCAGAAGAUGAAACUAACGUUGAUAACAGAACUCACUCAGAUGGACCAUCUGCAAAACGGCCAAAAACACCAACUUAACUGUAGCUUUUAUGAAAUUUAAAAGACUGCUAUGAUAUCUUAUUUAUCACACACUGACAUUUAAGGAAGACUUGUGCUCUAAUUUGGAAAGCAUUUGUUUUGUUCCCCUGGGACAAUUUUGUCAAAGAAGAAACUUUUCUGCUGUUUCCAUCAAAGAAAGAUAGAAUAAAUGUUUAGAAAGGAAUCUUUUUUCUUUUUUUUUUAAAAAAUGAGAACUUUUUUUUUUUUUUAAUUUAUUUAUUUUUGGCUGUGUUGGGUCUUCGUUUCUGUGCGAGGGCCUUCUCCAGCUGCGGCGAGCGGGGACCACUCUUCAUCGCCGUGCACGGGCCUCUCACCGUCGCGGCCUCUCCCGCUGCGGAGCACAAGCUCCAGAUGCGCAGGCUCAGUAGUUGUGGCUCACGGGCCCAAUCGCUCCGCGGCAUGUGGGAUCCUCCCAGACCAGGGCUCGAACCCGUGUCCCCUGCAUUGGCAGGCAGACUCUCAGCCACUGCACCACCAGGGAAGCCCCAGGAAUCUUUUUUCUUGAGUGAGAAGUAAGUUUCAGACCACGGAGAUAAAAUAGACAUUUAAUAAUGUAUAAAAUCCACUAUGUUGGCAACUGAAUUCUUUCUUUAUACUUUUUAAAUACCCUCUGGAUUAAAUUGUGUGAUGUCUACAUCUUUUAGCUUCUGCGUCUGUUAUAAAAAGUACAUGUCAAGGCUUAUGGACAAUUACAUUUCAAGGAACUGACAUGAACAAGUGGUGGAAAUUGGGUAUUAAAUUUAAGAAUGGCAGUUCUGUAUAAGUAGAAGGAAAAUGGGAAUGGAGAGAAACACUGAAGAGAAAGGAGAGCCCUUGAGAGAGACCCAAGGAAACCUUGAAUCCACACUCACACCCAGUAUACAGACUUCUGGAGAUGAUACCACUCAAUGGAUAUAUGUUUAACCUGUACCUUAAGAGAGUUAAAUGGGGUGUGAUUUUAUGCUGUGAUUUGCUAUUUAUGUUAACACAAAUAUAAGUCUUUAGGUAAGCAACCUGUGUUGAAUAUAAAAAGAUAUUUAGUGUCAUCCUGUAGUCAAACUUUGAU